AGGUACUUUGGAGAAAACAGAAAACAUAAAAUAAUUGGUUGCAAGGAUGUUUUCAAAAGAGAAAUGUCGGGUGCAAACAGAGUUCGUAAAAUUGUCACUCAGGACUUGCCGUCUUGGACAAUUUAUAAAUAUAAAGAAAAAACUAGAAAUUGUUCAUCUUUUAUCGAUGAAAGAGGGUACAUAACACAUCAUUUGACAACAGAAGAACAACAGUUUCCCAUCGCUUUCAGCAUUUUAAUGUAUAAGAAUGUCGAACAAGUUGAACGUCUUUUACGUGCAAUAUAUAGGCCACAAAAUAUUUACUGUAUACACGUCGAUUCAAAAACUAAUAUUGAAAUAUAUAAAGCGUUGUCAGGGAUAUCAAAUUGUUUUGAAAAUGUGUUUGUUUUACGCAAAAGAGUUAAUGUUAUAUGGGGUAAGAUGUCCGUACUGACACCAGAACUUUUAUGCAUGGAGGAACUUUGGAAAAGACAUAAAACAUGGAAGUAUUUUAUUAAUCUAACAGGGCAGGAAUUCCCGCUGAAAAGUUAUCCAGAAACAACUGCGAUAUCAAACACGAAGAAACCAUAUUUAGCUCGUUUCAAAAACAGGCUCCAUUCCCGGAUGCAUCGCUGGCCGUGCCAUGGCAAGUGGGUAAGAGGCAUGUGUAUAUUCAACUUCAAGGAUCUUCAUACACUGUCGACCCGUAAAGAACUGUUUGCAAAUAAAUUUCAUCUUUACGAUAAUCCUUUACCAUACGCGUGCAUGGAGGAAUUGAUAUUUAACCGCACACGUGACGAAUUCCAAGGGACAAGAAAGUUUGAUGCGAGUUGGUAUUCAAACCUGGGUUUCGUUAAGAGACAUGUUUGAAAUAUUAAAUAUUUGUUGAGUGUAUUGUGGAAGUUUUAUUUCACAUUUUAUAUUAAUGAAUAUGGCAAGUCAAAGGGCAGGAAAAAUUGCCCUACUGAUAAUAUAUUUAUACCAGAGCUGUCAUAAGACAACGUUUAAUACGUUCAUUGUAUGUGAGUGUCAUAAAAUAAAUCAUUUGCCAUUUAGAGAUUAAAUAGUUCCAGGUUCACAGUGAUACAGCAAGACAUAUAGAUUUCCCAUACUUAUAAUUUGUCAUAAAGUCAUGAAAUUAAAAAUUGUAUUUCAAAUAGAUGCCAAAGUACCAAUUGUAACGCAAAUUUCACCAGUUGAUUGAGUUGUUAUUGCUCUGCAAAGCAUCAUUUGUAUUCAUGUUACGUUUUGACCACAACAAUAAGUGAGAAUUUAUCAUUGUAUUUAUACACAUCCGAGUCGUUUUUCAAGAGUUUAACACUUCCUCCGUAAAAAGAAUGUUUUAGUUAAUCAUUUUUGAAAGUCACUAUAA